CUGCGUUUGUAUGGUCGGCCUUGGCAAACUAUGCCAGACAGUAGGACCGACUUCGCUGUUCGUGGCGAGCUGCGCGGCGCAUCACCGUGCCUGGUCUCCAGCAGCCUUUUCUCGUUACCAUUCCCCUUCCACGGAUUUGCUUCUCCCAACCUGAAAACAGCGUCCGAAGUGAGCAUGCAAUGCGCUUUCCGUUGACUUCUAAAGCUAAGAGCAUCCUUAGUCUGUCGUGCAAAGAUAACUUCGAUCAUUGAAGGGAUAUCUUGUUCACCGGCAUUGGUAUAUUUGCUAGUGUUCUAGGCUGGCUGUCUGCAUACGAGGUCCUGAAGUGUGGAGUCACCGAACCCCAAAUCGUGCGAUAUCCAUCAGUAUGGAAGCAGAUUGCGAUGGCCGCCUGUACAUCACGGUAAUGACUGGUGUCUCUACAGUCGUAUCGGUAGGACUGGUGGUCGGAUGCCUGUUCAAUUUGCGUCGUUUGUACAUUCAGAUACGCACUCUCCGGGGGAAACACGAGCAUAUGUUCGUCGGAACGGAGUUCUCCCUCCAAUGGAUAUUCUCGAUCAAUGUGUCAAACCCUGGUGGACAAGGCCACAAGAAAAUGACUAAGCGAGAGAGUAAGAGCGAAGGCAAAAGUGACUCGUUUGAAAAUGUCCACGCCACCGCCGACAGUUCUGGCAGCUUUGUAAAACACAAUCCUCAUCUUCGUUCUUCGUCGGUGAGGAUGCGCACAGAGAUCAGUUCAACAACCUGCCCAAACCUGACAGCUGGCGAUGAUGAUAUGCACGUGCAGGAACCGUCGUCGGUCAAAGGCCCCCUACCAGAGUACUUGACGAUGGAUGAACCCUCUUCGACUGGAGAGGAUAGAACACAAAUAGAUCAGGGAAAAACAACUGCAUGCGAAACUAUUGCUGAGAGCGUAGAGGAUGAAAGUCCUGGAUCCUCCGUGACUGACCAGGGAACUGCCAAGUCAUUCCUCAAGCGAAAUGAAAGGAAAUCUAACAAGACUGCGAAUGUCGGUGCAGACCAGAGUCGUUACACGUGGGUAGAAUCCCCCAGGCAGAGUGAAUACAUGCAUCCGGAAAGAGGACCAGAGGAAAGCAGCAACGAAACGAGCCGAAGCGUUUACACGCGGCCAGAACCACAAAUCCGGUGUGAAUACACACAGCCAGGAACAGAUCACGGGAAAAGCAACAAAUCAACCUCUGUCUACGAGGACAUUGAGUGCAGUGGUGAUGAACCCCAGCAAGCCGUCAGCGAUCCAGACCCGCGCGCCAAAAUGGCAACAUUCAAAACGAAGUCAAGCAGUUCCGUUCAGAGCACAUACGAGAGCAUAGGGCCUCACAGUUCAAGUGAAUACGAACAUCCUACCAACCGCACAGGAAGAACCAACACUGGAACCAGCACAUACGAGAUUAUCAAACCUAACAACCAGGAGUCACCCUAUGCUGUUGGAAAUCCCGCUCAGGAUGUCAUCACCCAGGCCCGCUCAGCAAACAGAAGAUCUGGUGGAGACAGUACGCACCUGUACGGCACAAGCCUCAUAGGGAGUGAGGUGAACACAAGUGAGUACAUGCUGCUGGAGGGAGUAAGUCGUGCACCGAACAACACUAGCGCAGGCGAGUAUGAAACUGCGACGCCGGGGAAAAGUGUUUCGGUUUACGAGAGCUCAGCGUGUUAGAUUAUUGUGUAAGGUGAAUGGCAUUAUGUAACCAAACUCGCCAUUUCGUGCUGCCAAUUAAUUCCGGUGUUAUUAUCUCCUUAUUAAUCACAUCAAAUAUAAUUAUUUUUUUCACAAUAUUCUUUCUUGAGCGAUAAAGUCGUGAUUUCAAAAGUCUCGAGGAUCAAUUUUUCAUUUUGUCUUUGCUUUUCAACCAAAAUGGAUGAGCAUUUGUGUGAUGGCAUUAUCGAUGAAAUGACAGAAACGUAUCCUAUUCCUUCUCCGUUCUCAAUAUCUUUCAAGUACUGAAUUUCCAUGUGACAUCAAUCUCGGGGAGCCACUACAUGUAGUAGAGGGAAAGCUAAAAAAACACCCCUCAUUCACACUACUGGGACACGAAUUCACACUUAAUUCUCUUAUGAACUAAACACUCUUCAUGACUUUUUAUUUGUUUUUCUCCAAAGUUUAGGGUGGCUCGAGGCUAUCGGUUCUUACUCUUCACAUCGAAUUACUACAACAUAACUAUAAUAAACUACUAAAACCACGUCA